AUUGAUUUGUAUUAUCUUUAAACAAUGCAAGGUUUCUGAACUGAUGCAUCACGUAGGUGUAUUUAAGCAAUACCUUAUUGGUUACCAAAGUAAAACAUAAUUAUAUUUACGCUGUUUGACAAGGACACUUUUUGUAAAAUUUAUUAGUAAGCGUGACACGUUUUGUUUUUGAAUGUUUUCAAAAUAUUAUUCAACUCGUACACAUCAACAAUUACAUGUAUAACAUUGGCCUUUGUAUCUUUAGUUAAUACAAAUUGCCUAAAAUGUAUACAAGUCAUAAACCGGCAUCGGCAACAGCAGGUUUACCUAAAUUCAUAACAGUUGCAUUCAAAAGGAAACAAACUCUGGUUUCAUUGUCUUGUUUCUUCGUCAUAUUUUUCAUUCUGUUCACGAAUAUUAGAUUUUCAACACGAGCCAAAAAUGUAAAUUUCUACAACGAAAAGCAAGUCCCGAAGGAGGUACGCCACGUGCAUGAAUGCCAUUGUUUAUUACCGGUUGCAAUGCCUGCCAAUGUAAUGAAGAUAAAUGAAGCUGAAAAGGGAAAUUCUACAACAGACACAAAACCAAGCGCCACAAGACAAAAAUUUACACUGCAGAAGAAAGAUCAAGGCUACUAUCCUAAAGAUGGUAAUUCUUUAAUCGGAAUAAGUUACGAAUCUCCAGGUAAACGCAAUGAUACCGUCGCUAAUCGAACGGCACAGUUUACAAAGAGCAUCCUAAAUAUUCACGAAAAGAAACUUUUUAGAAGUUUAUAUCAUCCACGUGCCAAAAUUCCUGACCGUAUUUUACGUACUAUCACACUCAAGCCAAAUUUUAAGCGGUUUAUUAAUGCAUCAAAAAUUAUAUCAUCUAUAACUUCCUAUAAACUUGAAAAUCCAACUCUAUGUUCGUCCGUUCGUAAUCUAAAUAUCAUAGUUAUAGUGCAUACAUCACCUGAUCAUAAGGAAAGGCGAUUAUCUAUUCGGAAUACUUGGGCAAAUGAUGCCUUUUAUUAUCACCUUGGUAACGUGAAAACUGUUUUCCUAUUAGGAAUGCCGAAAGACCCAAAUAUACAGAAUCAGAUAAAAGAUGAGUUUGAACGAUAUGCCGAUUUGCUUCAAGGUGACUUUAUUGAUGACUAUCACAAUUUGACUUUGAAAGGUGUAAUGGCAUAUAAGUGGCUUACAGACCGCUGUCGAAACGCCGAACUUGUUCUCAAGGUUGAUGACGAUAUAUCAGUAGAUAUGUUUAAAAUGUUUAAAGUCUAUUUUCCAAAGUAUCGAUUAGAAAGCAUGACAAUAAUUUGCAAUUAUAUCUUUAAAAACACUAUGGAGAUACUCCGGAAAAACGACAGUAAAUGGUACGUUAGCAAUGACCAUUUUAGAGGAUUUUAUACCUACCCAACAGAAUAUUGCUCUGGAUUUUUGGUACUUUUCACAAAUGAUCUUAUUCCUGCUUUAUAUCAAUCAUCAAAGGUGACUCCUUUCUUUUGGGUUGAUGAUGUAUAUCUGUACGGACUUGUUCCUGGAAAUGUUCCUGGUGUAAAAUAUAUUGGCUUACAAGGCAAUUGGUUUACACUAUAUGGACAAGUUGCCAUUAAGUGCUAUAAGAAUGAAACUGAGACGUGUCCGUUUUUGGUGGCUGGAGCCAGUGAAAAGGGGGAAUUUGAGGAACUAUGGCCUCACAUGGCCAAGAGAUACGCUCUUUCUACUAAAGUUAUUGACUUAAAUACAAAAUGAAAUUAGUCACCAUUAUUUUAAUUAAUUACAAAUGUAUACUAUUAAUCAUUGCCUUGGUAAUUAAUCGAUAAUUUUUAAAAUUUCAACCAUAUAAAUAUGGAAGGGGAGACUUCAAAAACACAUAUUUUCAAAUUCGUAUCGGUAUAUGUAGUUCUGAAUACAAAAAGAAGUUCUAUUAUAAUAUUUAUAACGGGAGGCGAGAAAACAACCAGGAUUUCUGAGAAAUAGAAAAAAAGACGUUCAUACGAAUUGGAAAGUGGAUUUCGCAAUGUAUUAUCCAUUCUUUUAAUUAUGCUUUAAUGAUGUUAUUUAAUUUCAUUUUUCUAUUUAUUUAAAUUUAUGAUUGUUUUAUAUAUCAGAUUCUUUUAGCCAUGUUUUGUUCUCGCUUGAACGUGUUCGUAUAAGUAAAAUUGCUUUUUACAACUAAUAUGAAUAAAGAAAUAGUAAAAC